AUGCCGCGCGGUCGGCUGUCGAACGGGAAACGCGGGCCGACACCGCCUAAGCGUCUGAGCGUGGCCAAGAAGGGAAACGAGGUGGUACAGCAUGAGCAAGAUGACGGCAGUGGUGCAGAGAGUGCUUCAUCGUCCGAGCACAAUGAAGAGGAUGGCAAGGCAGACUCAGACACAUCGGCCUCAGCCUCACCCGAAGAAUCCGGCGAACCUGCCACUGGAGGGAAGACGGCCGACGAUGGGUGUGCGGGAACCGCUUCACCCAAAGCAGACGGGCGCGAAAGUCGGGGCGCGGGGGAGACGGAUGUGUUUCGGGGCGAAGGCCGAGGACAUGUGGACGGGCAUGUGGACCGCGCAUGCGGGACCCCAGUGGACACCGACGGCGAUGACGUGCGCAUCUCGAGCAGGGUUCUCGAGCAACUCAUCCGGGCUCAGGACAGGAGCGCCAAGGAGAACGCGCGGUUGGAGGCGCUGUUCUUGAAUGCAAUGGCGCAGCCUUCUGGUGGAUCUCGUAAGCGUAAGGCUCGGAAGCAGAGAGACCCGGAGCAGGGGUGCAUGAACCCGAAGCGUCAGCGUGGCGAGACAUGGAGCGGCGGGUCGGACGAUGACGAAGAGGACGACGAGGAAGAUACGCAUGGUUCUGGUGGUCGUCAUAUGCGUACUGCAAAGUCUCCUAUUCUGCAACGCGCGUUGGCGCAUCUGCCGACAGACAAGGCGUGGAAGCGGGUUUGCGAGCUGGCCAGAGUUCACAUGUUUCUCAACAGGCCCACGUCGUCGAUGACCUUCUACCCGAGCAGCGACGAUAAGACUUACGGAGUGUGCGCGGUGCUGGACCGCCUGCCUCACAGCUUCGCCUGUUUGGCGUUGGCGGCUGACAAGUCGCGACGGGCGGAUCUCAACAAGACGCUGUCGGAGUGGAAGGCAGGGGCUGCCGCUCGCGUGCGAGACAUUGCACUUCCCAAGCUCGGCCUGUUCCGGGACGACAGGGACGCAUCCAGCCCGUGGGCACCUGAAAAGGAGCGUAGUAUCGAGAAGAUAAGGGAGCGCAUUGGGCUUGGCGCUGACCCCCCUGGUGAGUGCAUGAGACGCGCGUUGGAGUCGUCGACCAUUUCUAGUCAUGCACCAAUGCGAGAAUUGUGGACAUUGAUACCCACGCUUCGGAUGUGGUGUGCAGAAACUCUAGUGCUGACGAGCUGGGCGCACGACAGGGAUGGCAUGCCGUUUGCCUCCCGGGCGUUCGCGACAUGUGCGAAGGCUGCCUUCAAGCCGAAGAAGGCAGGGCUGGUGAUGACCCUUAAGGUGUACCACCUAGCCUGGUUGGAGCAUGUGGUCUCCGACUGCGUCCUCUACUGGGAGGCGCGGAAAGGCCGGCUCUCCAACUCGGCGGGCGGGAACGCCCACAUUGUGGAUGGGCUUAAGGUCCUGGUCAAGGAGGCCGUGGAGAGGGCGAUCCGUAUCCGCAACCCCGAGUAUGACGCGGAGCGCGAGGCGUGGAUUUGGGAGCGCCAUGGCCUGCGCAUAUCUGCGUGCGGCCUGGAGCACAUGAAGACCGCGGCCGCCGCCCAGUCCGAAGGCAUCGUAGGGGAUGACGACCUUUCGGCGUCACUUGGUGCUGAGUAG